AUGUGCUAACGUGAUAACAUAGAUGCAAUUUUAGAUAACUAUGAUGAUGAGAUGUUUGAAAGAGAGGAGGAUACUGCUACUCAAGAAAUGCCAAAUAUAUAAAACAAGAAGGCAAGCGAGAGAUCAGUUCACAGUAGCCAAUCUCAAAAGAGUGGGAAAAAAUCAAACGGAACAAGAGGGGUUCAAAGCAAUCAGGAUUCACUGAUACUGAGAGACAAAUCUUAGAGAGAAAACAAGGACUAGUAUGCACUUCCUGGAGAUGAUGAGGAAGCCGAUGAAGAUUAUUAUGAUUAAAAUGCUAACAAUCAGCAAAUGUAGCAGUAAAGCUAGCAAGUAUCAAAUUCUCAUACUAAUGAUCGAUCUCAAGUGAUACAUCAGGAGCCUCAGCCAAUUAGAGACAAUUUUCAAAAUAGACCUAUGACUGAAUAAAAUGCGCAUUAGAAUCAAGAGUAUAUGACGGAGUAAUUCCAAUUAAAUAACUCCUCAAACGGAGCAGGAAAUAUGAUUGAAUAUCAGGGAUCCAAUAAUAAAUCAAUAAUCAAAGCUAAUACUAGCGGUGGUAUUGUUGAUCUAAAGGCUUCAACUUUUAGUCAGAGCAACUAAAGGCCAACUACAUAAGGAGUAAUAGGCUACAACGUAGUACCUGCAUUUAAUAAUAGUAUGAAUACUUAUUAGAAUAAUGGCAUUGCUUAUGAAGAUUUUCGAGCAAAUAGCAAUCCAAAUAUAAACAACUUAAACUCUUUUAAUCGAAAACACUCGGAUAAACCUCCAAUUAAUUUGAACUCUAAUAAAAACAGCUAAAUUCAAUCUGAUAAAGAUUACUAAGCCUAAGACGGGCCGUUUCAUGGUGAUGUUAAGACUUUAAACACUAGCAGUCCACUAAAGAAUUUCGUUCAGAGAGAAAACUCAACUGGAGCUAACGUCCUUUAAAUAAAUCGUAAGAAGAUCAGAGAACUACUCUAUGGCGGAUCAGCUUCUAGAGUAAAUGGGUACAAUAAUCAGUAAAGCAUGACUAAUUAUUUGGAAAAGGAAUAGCUUUAGAAUGAACGACGCAAUUUGAAGUUGCAAAUGAAUUCAAUGAAAGAUGAGAAUCUGAGGCUAAAGACAAAGCUGCAAUCCAAUAUCUAAGAAAUGACAAAGAAAGAUAAGGACAUCGAGAUUCUCACAAUGAAAUUACAAUAGUAACAGCUUGGCUAGUCUUAGUAAACUAGCUAUAAAGCAGAAGGCAAUAUUUUUGAGUCGUUUUUAGUCUCACAACUAAAAAGGUAAAAUAGAGAUCUCAAGUAAGAGCUGGAAAGUAAAGACCUCACACUUGAAAAACUUAGAAGAGAUUUGAAGUUGUCUAAAUCGGCUGAAAUUGAAGUUGAAAUGCAAUAGUACAUUGAUGAAUGUAUGAGACUUAGAAAUCUGCUUGAAAACUAUAUGAUGAACCCAUCUAUGUUUUCGACAUCUUAACUCUAGGCUUAAUAGUAAAUGACCUAACAAUAAAAUCAGGUAUAAGUCGAUUAAUAGGUUAUUGACUAAUACAACCAACUGUAGAACGUACUUUUUGAGAAGACAAAUUUACUUUAAAGAGAAAUGGAUCUCAGAAACCAAAUUUAGCUUUAACUUAUGUCUGAGAAGGAAAUGCGCGAGAAAAAUGAAAGGAAAUGGGAUCUAUAGGAAUAAAAGAUCAAGAAAUUCAAUUAAAUUACUGAAGAAAAUAAAAGGAAGCAAAAGAUAAUCUCAGAUAAGCAGGCAGAGGUUAGUAGACUCAAAGAGGAGGUUGAACUAUACAGAGAAAAGGCCAAGGAAAGAGAUCAAAUUUACAAUAAAAACAAAGAACUCGUCACAAAAUAAUACAGCUAUCAAUCUUCAAUAGACUAUAAGGACAAAAAGAUUCAUGAUCAAUCUCAGUAGAUAUCCUAACUAUAAGAUGAAAUAAGAAAACUUCAGAAGCAAAGAUAAAAUAACUCACCAGAGAGAAAAGUAACUGAAAAAAUGUUGACUUUAGGUGGAGGUGGGGGCACUGAUUAAAAAUAACUGACUUAUUCAGGGUAAAAGAGUGAAGUUAAGAUUGAUAAAACAGUGCUUACAAAAAAUCAACUCAACUAUACCCCAAAUCAAGUUGAGAUUAUAUUCAGAGCAAUUAAAGGAUAAGCUUUAACGACAAUAAAAGAUGCAAUGGGCUUUAAAAACUAUUACAAUUCCCACAAAGAUGAUAUACACAAAGAAAUAGAAUUUAUUUAAAAGCUUGAUAUCCAGCAAUAAAUUGUGAAUCAUCUUCACCUAAACUCAGACAAUUAUCUUUCAGAACUCAAAUCAGCACCAAUGAAAUAUAAUGUAUUCACUGAUUUAGAGCGUUUUGUAGAGAACAGACUGAACAUUUAGGAGAAGGAUCAGAAGAAAUUUGUCAUAUUCCAUUUAAUUUACAGCAAUUCACCCUCAAUUAAUGAGGUCAAUUACCAAGGCUUGGUAGACUUAAUUUAAAAUAUGAACAAUGCUGGCAAUGAAACACCAGCAUCAGUAAAGGGCUCAAAUAAUCAAACACCUCCUUAACUGCAGCAAUAGUUAUCUUCUGAUCAAUCAAGAGCUAGCAAUAAAUAUGCUAAAGCCCAGUCUUAGGCAUAGACACAUUAAGAAUAUGAAACUUCAUAGAUCAUUGAUCAGCAUUAGCAGUAGUAAUAUAGCAGUAAAACUCAAGUAUUACAGAAAAAAUCUACAGAAUAGUUAAACAUCUAGGAAUAGGAGGAGGAAUACGAAGCAGAAUCAACCGAGAAAGUUUAAGUUGAAGUGGUAAAUGAUAAAAUCCAAUCAGAUCGAAACCAAAUAACAAACAGAAGUUAAUUAAGUCAAAAGAGUUAAAAAUCAUAGAUAAGUAAUAAAUUGAUAUAGCAAAACUCAAAGCCCAUGACUAACAGAGAAUCAAUAUUAGAGGAAAAAAAGUAAGGUGUGGAUCAUUCAGCCAAACCUAGUGAUGAUCUAAAUGAAUAGCAAGCUCCUAGCACUGUCAGAGUUAAUGAAAAUAUUCAGGAGAGUAAUGCUCAGUUUAAUCCCCCUUAGAUGCCAUCAGAUACCAAAGUAAGUAAGCAUGCAGAGAAGGCGAAGCAAGAUUAAGAUGAUUAUGAGCAAGAUGAUUUUGAAGAUGCCACAGAGCAAAACAACUCUAAUUUGAAGGAACCAAAUUCUUAAAAUGUGUCAGGAAACUAAAUGAACAUCAACUAGAAUCAAUAUGAGAAUGACGUUUAAAAUGCCAGUGCUAAUGAAGAACAAGAGGUGUCGAUUCAAAUCACUGAAGAUCAAAUGCUAGACAUAGCAGAGCAGGUAUUCUAGACUCUUGCAGACAGUCUUAAGAGCCAAAAUAUGACUGUCAAAUAAGCAUUCGGUGAGUACAUCUAAGUAAUAGACCAGUUAGAAGAUGAGAAAGAUGUCCUCGUUAUUGCAGGAGGUGAUUUCCUCAUGGUACUCUAGUCGAUCAUAGGCGGUGAUGGUCUCUCAAUACUUGAAACAUCAUGUCUUAUGAGAGUGCUUUCAAAGCAAGAGAAAGAUCACAGUUUCAACUGUAUAGUAGUCUCAGAACUUUAAUUAGUUCUUGAGAACUUCGGCAUCACUUCAAAUAAUGUCACUUCUAAUUAAGACGUUUCUGGCAUCAAUCAGUCAAUGAUAAACGACCAGAGCAAGGAUCAAAGCUUACCUCCAAAUUAGCAAUAAAAUACCACUAACACCAAGAAGCUGACUAAGAAAAAUUUUAUUAAGGACGCUGUUUGGCGGGGUAUGACUAAAAAUGUGGGGUAAAACGACGGAGGAGAGCUAAUAUAUCAGGUAUUCAGGGAAAUAAUAAAGCGAUUUGAUGAUAACACUCAAUAGAUGCUUGCAAUUAUUAAACAGGGCAGCUACGAGCAGCUAGUGAAGUCUAAGAAAAAGGAGCUAAAGCUAGAUCUGAUCAAGAGGGAGGACUUGCUGGCAAUUCUUGAAAAUCAGACAUAAUUGGCUCUAAGUGAUGAUCAGAAUAUUCAAGAAGCUCUGUCUAUAUUGCUUCAGAUUGAUGCCAAGUACCCAGAUGUUCUUCAGUAUAAACUAAUUUAGACCUUAGUCAAAGAGGUCUCAGGUAGGAUGCAGAAAGAAGAGGAAGAGUAGAAAACCUUGUAGGAAUUCUACUAGCCUCAAGGCGAAGAUAGUGAAAAUGAAGAGGGAGGCGAGAGCAAGGGUAGAAAAGCAGAGGUGCUAAACUUUGACUAACUUAUAAAUGAGGAUGACGACGAGGAGUACAACCACUAUCUGGACCAGGACGAGAAGAAGGCAGCAGCUGCUGGUAAGCUCUAAAUAUAAAGCAAAGCUUUGGGUCCUAUAGCGGAAGACUAAAUUAACGAAGACACUUAAUCACCUGUUAAACAUUGA